AUGAAAUUUAAAGGGAAUCGAGUGGGCAUGAAGCCCAAGACAAGAUUACCAAUUGUGUUCUUCUUAUGCUUCUGUUUCUUUCUCUUUCUUCUGUUUGGAUGCAUAAUCUUCUCUCAGGAUUUGAAUAGGAAUGGAUCUCGACAUAAAUUUCUUCAGAAGUUUCCAGAAGAAGAGGGAGAUUCCUUGGGGCAUGGCGAAACUGGAGACUCUUCAGUCAGCUCUAUUCCAUUUCAGGUCUUGAGUUGGAGACCACGUACUUUGUAUUUUCAUAAUUUUGCGUCAGCCAAACAAUGCCAAAGUAUAAUUGAGAUGGCUAAGUCUAACCUUAAACCAUCCGGCCUUGCUUUACGGAAGGGAGAAACUGCUGAGAGCACAAAGGGAAUUAGAACAAGUUCAGGUACAUUUAUCAGUGCAUCAGAUGACAGUACAGGAGUCUUGGAUUUUGUUGAAAGGAAAAUUGCUCGAGCUACAAUGAUUCCAAGGAGCCAUGGGGAGGCUUUCAAUGUUCUGCGGUAUGAGAUUGGACAGAGAUACGUUGCUCACUAUGACGCAUUCAACCCAGCAGAGUAUGGUCCACAAAGCAGCCAAAGGACGGAACAUGGAGAAGUGCCUAAUCACAUCAAUUUUAUUUCUUUUGAUGAUUCCGGAAAAGUACUUUUGGUUGGUGUCAUAUGCUUGUCUAGUGCACACAUCUUUUUUCAGCAUGUGCUAAUCUAUUCCUUCACGAGAACUCAGUACUAUCGUUUCUUGCUCUUGCACAUUGCUUCAUUCCUGCUGUACUUGUCAGAUGUGGAGGAAGGUGGAGAAACCAUGUUUCCAUACGAGAAUGGUGCAAACAUGGGUGUUGGAUAUGAUUACAAACGCUGCAUAGGAUUGAAGGUAAGACCACGCCGAGGAGAUGGACUUUUGUUCUAUUCAUUAUUUCCAAAUGGAACAAUCGAUAAGACAUCACUUCAUGGAAGCUGCCCUGUCAUCAAAGGAGAGAAAUGGGUCGCUACAAAAUGGAUUGACAAUCAAGAGAUAGAAAAGUAA